AUGUCUGAAGAGUCAAGCGAUUAUCAGUUUUAUCAAUACAUCCCCAAUUUUGGGGUAGCAGUCCACUAUGUUGUUCUUUUCCUUAUCCUUGCAAUCGUGGAAGCAUACUUUAUAGUGUCAAAAUACAUACAGUUUAGAGGUCGCAUCAAGUCCAAAAACUUGAAAAGGUACUGCAAUGUGAUGAUUCCGUUUCUUGUGGGAAUCCUUUUGGAGGUUAUAGGAUACGCUGCCCGUUCUGCUUCUUGUAAGGAUCCAGAGAAUCUUAUGCCAUAUGCGAUUCAGUCUGUCUUUAUUUUGAUUGGUCCAACACUUAUUUUAGCAAGCACUUAUAUGAUCUUUUGCGAAUUGGCAAAAAGUCUUAGUGCUGAAUUUUACUCAAUAGUGCCUUUGUCGUAUCUUGCUAAAAUAUUUGUCACUGGAGACAUAAUAUCACUUUUUGUGCAAGCAAGUGGUGGUGGUUUGCAAGUCAUCCAGUCGGAUACUUUACAAGUAGUAGGUAGAGCCUCGCUUAUCACGGGAGUUAUUGUGCAAUUCCUUUUCUUUGCUGGUUUUUGCUACGUGUUUUUCAGGUUUGCCAUGAGGAUCAGGAAAAAUCCUACUAAGCGUGCAAGCACAUUGGAACUGUCGUUUCCAAAAAUGGGGAACUGGAAACACGCAUUAAUGGUGUUAGGCUCAAGUUGUAUUUUGCUAAUGGUGAGAUCUGUUUUCCGUUGUGUUGAAAUGAUUGAAGGUACUAAUGGUCAUGUUCAGUCAAGGGAAGUGUAUCUUUUUGUACUUGAUACUGUCAUGGUUCAAGUUACCAUUUACUUGCACUUGACUUUCAAUUGGACCGGCUACUUUUGCCGCGUUCACGACUUUUACAGCUCGGUAUUUGAUGUUGUUGAACUAGAGAGUAUAAUCAAUUGA